AUUUUGAACCCAUAGAGUAAGGGACAAAAUCGAAGGAUUAGAAUUACCUGCUUGCUAUUUUGACAAAUUUGGCAUAUAUUAUAAGUGAGAUUUUCUAGUAAUAUGUCGCAAUAUCUUCAUCGUAACACUUUCAAGGUGCAAGUUCGACUCUAUGAGCAUUUUUGUGAGAAUUUUAUAGUUUCGUUCUAGAAAUACUGAACUCUCUGAGUUAAAAACAAUAGAAUCCUUUGGUGUAGUUUUUUCCUGUAACUAAGAUUUCAUUAGUUAUUCUUUAAAUAACGCAGGAUAAUUUGAAGGACAAUCUUUUCAAAGCCUAAAAGACAGAAAAACUGCUUCUCUGUAACAGCAUUUUUUUUUUUUUCUUUUUAUUCUGGAACUGAUCGAUUAUCAGUGGCUUGACGGAUCGCUAAACUUUCGAUCAUAAAGAUGAAAAUAGUGGAACGAAUUCGAUAAGAGAACGACUAUAACAAUAAAAUGCUUGAUUGCAAUAAUUAUGUAUUUUAAUAUCAGCUGUUACUAAAACAGAAUUCUAGCAAUUACAAAAUUUAGAUAGCUCAUAAGUACAUGAUUUUCACUGAGUAAGGGGCAAUGUGAGCUUUAAAAUAACGCCAAGGCGUAUGGAAGAAACAACACACAAAUAUAUAUAUCAGUAUUAAAUAUUGAGUCAAUGUAUGUACCCAGGAAGCCCAUUGGACGGCCAGCGCAUAUCUACUUUACUUCAUCAGAUUAGGACUACACUAUGUCCACUCAGUUUGCAAAAGUGAAAUACUCGCUUUAUAACAGUGACAGCUUACAGGCUGAAAGUGAUGAUGAUUUGGAAAGUGAAAGUAGUCUGAGCAAUCUUAAUGCAAGAUAUAUUAGUCGAAAAAUUCAAUUUUGUAAGGAAACAAAAGUUGACUUAGAAACUUCACCAUUAAUAAAAGGAUUUGAUGAAAGUGAGUUUGCUGGUGAAACAGCUUUUACAUUACAAAGACUUUUACGAGAUGAAAACUUUGAACAGCUGAAAUUUUAUUUGGAUAGUUUUAGUGUUGAAGGUUGUAAACAGAGAAUCAACAAAUUAGAUAGCAAUAAACGUGCACCACUGCAUUAUGCAGCCAGGUAUAAUCGUGCUGCAGCAACACAGUUGUUAAUAGUUAAAGGUGCAGAUGUUAAUAUUGAAGGUGAAGAUGGACUGACACCUCUUCAUUUUGCUGCACGUUAUGGUUAUAAUAGAUCAAAUAAAUGUUUAGAUGGUGAUACUGUUGAAAGUCCAACUAGUGAUAGUGAAACUGUUAUUUCUAUCUUGAUUGAAGAAGGAGCUCAUGUAAACUGUCAAGACAAUUAUGGCAUGACACCAUUGCAUUAUGCUGCUUUGAGAGGAAAUACAUUUGCAACAUUAGAACUUCUCAAAUCUAGUAAAAUCAACACUGAGACAUUCGAUAAACAAGAAAUGACAGCCCUGCAUUGUGCAGCUAAUUACAACUCACCUGAUGUAGUUGAGAUUUUAUUAAAUGCAAAUGCUCAUCCUGAAGCUACAGAUGAAAACUUAUCUACACCUCUCCAUUUGGCAGCAACCACUGGUAGUAAGAAAAUAAUAAUGCUUUUGCUAAAUGCUGUUGAGGCACAAGGGGAUUCUGAAAGCUUGAAAAAGUACAUUGAUGAAAAAAAUCUAAGUGGUAAUACUGCACUUCAUUUAGCUGUAAUUAAAGGGCACUUGGAUAUUGUUGAAAUACUUUUAAAGAAAGGUGGAGAUGUUAAAAGUACAUUUGAUAAUUCUUGUCAUCCUUUGCAUUUGGCAGCAGUUUCUGGUAAUGUGGAUAUAGUUAAAUGUCUUCUUAAACAUGGAGCUGCUAUAAAUUGUGUUAAUAACUUUGGGGAGACACCACUUCAUAAGGCUGCUGCUUUCAAUGCGAGCGAAGUGAUAGAUUUUCUACUCAAAAAUGGUGCUGAUAUUGAAAGCCAUGACAAUGCCCAUUUCACCCCUUUGCUUGUUGCUGUAGCAGAAGGUCAUGUGGAUGCCAUAAAAGUUCUGAUGAAAUCUAAUGCAAAUAUUGGAGUUCUGGAUAACAUGGAUCGAAGUGUCAUAUUUUGGGCUUCACAAGAGAAUCAUCCAAAGUCACUUAAGACACUGUUGAAACAUGAGAAGUCUCUUAUACUUGUAAAUAGAUGUGAUCAUUAUGAUAACAGUCCUCUUCACAUUGCUGCUUUAAAAGGAUACUCUGAUGUGAUUGAAAUUUUAUUAGAGAGUGAUGCUGAACUUGAGAGGAAGAAUGAGCAUGAGCAGACACCUCUUCAUAUGGCUUCAAAAAAUGGUCAUAUUGAUGUAGCUCAACUACUUAUGAAGAAAAACAAAACUAUUGUAAAUGCUGAGGAUGAAAAUGCUAAUACGCCUUUACACUUAGCAGCUUUAAGUGGUCAUUAUAAUAUGGUUAGUGUCCUCCUGAAUGCUGGGGCUAAUAUUGAAGCCAAGAACUGCUAUCUGUGGACUCCUCUUGAUUGUGCAGCAGCACGGGGUUGGAAACGGUGUUGUUUAUUUCUUCUUAAAGCUGGAGCAUAUGUUGAUACCGUUGAUAAAUCAAAAGCAACACCUUUGCAUUUGGCUGCACGAGAUGGGCACAGAGGAGUUGUGAAAUUGCUACUUAACAAUGGAGCAAGUAUUGCUCAGUGUGACAAAAAUGGAAAAAAUUGCUUAGAUGUAGCCAUUGAUAAAGGUCAUGAAGAAGUUGCUAUUGAAAUAUUGUCAGAUGUCAAAUGGGAAGCUGUUCUUCGUAAUGAAACAAAUGAGAAUAAAUUUGGCAUCCAUCAAACACCUUUGCGCAGACUUAUACGUCACAUGCCUGAUGCUGCUGAACAUGUCCUUAGCCGGUGUAUAGAAGAAAAUCAUUUUCCAGAAGAUCAUCCUCAUUAUCAAGUGACGUUUAAUUAUGAAUUUCUUGAUGAUAUGUUUGCAUGCUAUAAACCAUUUUUGUAUGAUGAUCAUGAACAAAGUGAUACAUCAUCACAAUCAGGAGAAAGUGUUUUGACUGGAUCAAAUAUUUAUGAUGACUGUGGUUUUGUAAAGAAAAAUGUUAAACCAUAUGUAAAAGAUAAAGAAAUUCUCAAGUACAAUCAUCCCUUAAUGCUGAUGGUUUCUUAUGGCCGAGAAAAUCUUUUAAGCCAUCCUUUGUGUGAAAGCCUACUGAAGCGAAAGUGGCAGUAUUAUGGGCGUUAUGUUUAUUAUAGCAACCUCCUUGUUUUUAUUAUUUUCUUAAUUUUUCUUACCGGGUAUGUUGUAACGGCUGUACCUCCUUGCCCUAUGACGUUUAACGAUCCUGAGGAUCCUCACUGCUGUUCUGCCAAGAAUUAUACUUGUCAACCUUUUAUGGGGGAAUGUGGUGCAAAUACAGAACAAGUUUUCCCCAGAGUAUGUCGGAAUUUCAUCUAUGUGCUUGCUGUAAUACAUUUACUAAAAGAGAUUUAUCAAAUUCAUCAAAAUGGAAGGCGUUAUAUAAAUUUGGAAAAUGCUUUAGAGUGGGCUUGUUAUGUAAGUGCCUUGAUUUUUGUGGCUGAUUUAACUGAAUGUUCUUCACAGUCAGGGAUUCGUCAGGUUUGGCAAUGGGAGCUGGGAUCAUUGUCCAUUUUUUCUGCUUGGAUGGUCUUAUUAAUGUUCAUCAGUAAAUUUCCAUUUCUAGGCAUCUACGUAAUCAUGUUCUUCCAAAUAUUGAGUACAUUUGUGAACUUUUCCUUUGUGUUUUUCUUGUUUGUAGUUGCUUUUGCUCUGGGGUUCUUUUCUCUUCUCCAAAAUCAGAAUCCAUUUGAAAGUCCUGGAGAAGCCAUUAUCAAAACAGGUGUCAUGAUGAUUGGAGAGAUAGAAUUUGAUGCAAUAUUCAAUGAUCCAGAAAACAAAGUAUAUUUUACUGGACCAGCAUAUACUUUAUUUAUACUUUUCUUGCUAAUCAUGGCUGUGAUUAUUAUGAAUCUGUUGGUUGGCUUAGCUGUGGACGAUAUUAAAGGUGUCCAAGAAAAAGCAGAACUAAAACGCUUGGCUAUGAAAGUAGAAUUGGUGCUAACUGUAGAAAGAAUUCUUCCAGUUGUUGUUUUGAGGAAAUGUAUAUUUAAGUACAGGCAUUAUUUUCCUAAUGCUUGGAAAAGCUAUCCAUGGUAUAUGAAACUCUUUAAAGUGAAACAGAUCUUUUCUGCUAAAUAUAAUAAGUCUGCUCUAGAAGUGGUUGAAGAAAAGCAAGCCAAAUUGAAUAAGCAACUGAAAGAAAUCCAAGAGAAUAUUUUUCAAAUGCAAAAGGAUAUCAAACAUAUUCUUUCUAAUAUAAAAAAAGAUGGAUCAAAGGAAGUAUCUUAGUAUAGUGAUUUCUAAACGUCCAUAUUUUAACAUUUAACAUGUGGUUUUAGAGAACUUUUUUAUAUAUAUAUUAUAGUGUUGUUUGCAUUAAGAACACUGUGAAAGUCGUUAAAAACAUUACAAAACUGUUUCUUUGAUAUAGUAGCUAUUUUUGCAUUUAUAAACUGAAAUUUAUGUAUUAUUAUUUAAACAGAUUUAUCUUCAUGUUUCUUGGUUUAAUUUGGUGCAGUGAUUUUUUUAAUUAAUUUACUUGGUGGUGUCUUUGUAGUAAAAUAAUUGAAAUGUUUCAUUUCCUAUAUUUAUUAAUAGUAUUAAUUUGCAAGUAAAUAUUUGUAUUAUAAGAUUGACUUGUUAUUGCUUGAUUCAUAAGAUUGCUUGAAAUUCAUAGAAAAAUUGGAUUUUACUGUUAUGGAUUUUAAGAAAUAAUUUUGAAACCUUGUAGCUGAUUUUCAUUGUAAUGUGUGCAAUAUGUAAAAAUUAUUUCUCUAAGUAUAUGAUGCUUGUUUACUUUACCAUUGUUUUCUUUUUUCCUGUUUAAAAAUAGUGUGGACUUGAAAUUUUAAAAUUCCUUAAAAAAAGAAGUAAUUGUAAUAGUAAAGUAUUAAGAAGUAAAAGGAAAAAAAAAAAGUAAUUUCUUUAAAAAGUUUUUUUUUCUUUUCUUUUUUAAAAAUCCUUUUGUUUCUUUUACAUUUUAUAAAUUAAAAAGAAAAAUAUUUUUCUCUUCCAAAUUUUUAAUUAUCCUAGCACAUUUUCCAACUAUCUCGUUAAAAAUUUAAGUGGUCUCCCUUUGUUAUUUGACUACCUUGUAGUUUAUUAUAUACUGGAACACAUUCACAAAAAUAGAAUUGUUAUGAUUCUUAACAUUUCCAAGACCUUUAAAUUAUCAAAAAUUCUUUCUAAUCAGCAAAAAUGCUAUGCAAUUAGUAGAAGUGGUAAUUUUAUUUUGAAUUGUGUGAUGUUUUUGAAUUACUUUUAAUAGAAUGUCUGCUCUUUGAUCAAUUAGUGGUUUCUUUUGAUGUACAAAUUUGUUUUGUCUAAGCAAACUAUUUUUCGAAGUUGAAUCAUACUGUUAAACAAAUCAUCAAUCUGAUAUUAGAAAAUAGAGCUUAUUUUUUUUAAUUAUGUACAUGCAUAACAUUAUUUUGAAUUUUACAUUCUUGUUUUACAUGUAUGAAAAUUGGUUGUAACAUGGAAGUAAGUACUUCGUGUAUUGUUAUUAUAAUGAAGGUUAAGUUUGUUGAGAUUUUAUAAAAUAAAUUUUUGGAAUGAGAACUGGGAAUGAGACUAGAGCCAAUAUCUGCACCGAGAUGACGAUAGAUUUUUCAUUCGACUCAGGUGCGAAGGACCUCCAGUUCCAUACCGGAUUCCAAGAUUAUUUAGUAAAAACUAUUUUAUAAUGUAUUUUAAUUUUUUACAAAUUAUUGAAUCUCUAUACCUAGUCGAUGAUAUUUUUGGAUUCCUAUUUAUAUCUUUGAUUAUCUUCAGAAAUAAAAAAAGGUUCUUUUAAUAUA